AUGUCACAAGAAAAUAGCAAUGUUCCUGCACUGAAGAGGACAGAAUCCAAAUAUAAAAUAGGUAGAGUUAAAUCUCUACCGACAGUACAAAUUGAUGAAAAGACAGGUGAUAGUUAUAUUGAACUAGCACCUAGAUCAGAGGGAAAGAUAUAUGGAUGUACCACUUUUCAGGGAAAUUAUAAAGAAGAGGAAAAAUUGGGCCAAGGUACAUUUGGAGAAGUGUACAAAGGAUUACACCUGCAGACCCAACGCAAAGUGGCGAUGAAAAGAAUAAUUGUUAACCAAGAGAACGACUUGUUCCCAAUUACCGCUCAGAGAGAAAUUACAAUCCUGAAACGACUUAACCACAAGAACAUUAUAAAGCUGUUAGAAAUGGUUUACGAUUUUCCACCAGAGUCUAACAAUAAGGAUUAUGCACAAUUUAAUCAGAAUAACUCUGCAAAUCCUCCUGCAGUACCAAAGAAAUUUUUCUACAUGAUACUGCCUUAUAUGGUGGCUGAUCUUUCAGGUAUCCUUCAUAAUCCUCGGAUAGAAUUAAAAAUGGCAGAUAUAAAGAAUAUGAUGAAGCAGAUAUUAGAAGGUGUUAAUUUUAUUCAUUGCUCAAAAUUUAUGCAUAGAGAUAUAAAAACAGCAAAUCUGUUGAUAGAUCAUAAUGGAGUACUGAAAUUAGCAGAUUUUGGCUUAGCAAGGCAGUAUUAUGGAUCUCCACCAAAUAUUAAAUUUCCAGGUAGUGCUGGUUCUGGGGCAAAGUACACUUCUGUGGUUGUUACUAGGUGGUAUAGAGCACCAGAGCUGGUUUUAGGUGACAAAUACUAUACGACAGCUGUAGAUAUUUGGGGUGUUGGCUGUGUUUUUGCUGAAUUCUUUGAGAAGAAGCCAAUUCUUCAAGGUAAGACAGAUAUUGAUCAAGGGCAUGUAAUAUUCAAACUAAUGGGGACUCCUGAUGAAAGAACAUGGGAACUAGCUAAAUAUCUACCUGGAGCGGAGCUGACAAAAACUGAAUAUAAGUCAACGAUUGAUGAAAGAUUUGGGAAGCAUCUCACACCAACUGGGCUUUCCUUUUUAAAAGGCUUAUUGGCUUUAGAUCCUUAUAAGCGGUUAACAGCUAUGUCUGCAAUGAAACAUCCUUUCUUUCAGGAAGAGCCUUUGGCCGCCGACAGAUUAACUCUGCCAUGUGAAGAAAGUCAUGAGGCAGAUAUAAAACGUUAUAAGGAAGAAUUGCAUGAAGCAAUGUCACAGAAGGGCCCAAGUGCACCUCCUGGGCAUAUUAAGGAAGCUACUCCAUCACCUGCAAAGUUCGAAAAAAAAUCAGGGAUUAAGAGAGAACAGCCAUACCAAAGUAAUCAAAAGAAUGAUCAGUAUCCUAUAAAGAGACAGAAAUUUAAUCAAAACCCUUCUGUCCCACAUCCCCAACCAAAGGCAAAUAGAUAUGGCGGAUCAUCCCUACCAUCAGGGCCGAAAUAUGGGAGAUACGAAGGUAAUAACCAUUCUGGUAGCCUAAGAAACCGAAUAACACCGUCGAAUAUGGGAACUCAUAGCAAUCCUAGAGCUGAGAAUAUGGGAAGUAAACCAUACCAGAGCGAGGGCCGUUACUCUUCAAAUGAGGAUAGGAAGAAUGGGUAUAAUAGAGGUUACAGCUCCUCAGUUAAUUCUAGAUAUAAUAACAGAGCAGCUUUUAAUGAAACGGAGGAUCAGAGCAUAACUACAACUACAUUAAAUCGAUACCGUCACAAAGGGUACCAUGAUAACAAUCAGUCCCAAACUCGAUUGCAAGGCCAUAGUAGUUUACCAGGUAAGCCUACAUCAAAAUACAAUAGCACUCAAACUAACAUACCAUACAGGCGAACCGAAAUCCCUAAUCCAAACGAAUACAAUGCUAGUAAAUUGGGAAGCCAGGAUACAAAGAAGAAUGACUACCCAAAGCAUUCAGAGACUCAGAAACAGCAAAAUAAUGAAGAAAAGAAGAUACAUAGCGAACAAAAAGAUAUUGCUGAUCUGUAUUAA